AUGGCUGGAUCAGGGCACGACCAGUCAACUGACAUUUUCUCUGCCGAUGGUCGGGUUUUCCAGGUUGAAUACGCCUGCAAGGCGGUUGACAAUAGCAGCACCGCCAUCGCCGCCUGCUGCAAGGACGGCGUCGUGGUUGCAGUGGAGAAAAUCCUCACCAGUCGCAUGCUGGAGGAGCGGUCCAAUGACCGCAUCCAUGUCGUAGAUCGCCAGGCUGGUCUCUGCAUCUGUGGCAUGCUUCCAGAUGGCCGCGCAGUCGUCUCACGAGCCCGUGCGGAGGCGGAGAACAGCCGAGAGGUGUUUGCUGCCCCGAUCCUGGGCUCAGUGCUGGCUUCUCGCAUUGGGGAGUUCAUGCACGUCUACACCACGCACUACGCAUUUCGCCCUUUCGGCUGCUCUGUCAUCAUCGCAUCGUACGCCGAUGAUGGGCCGCAGCUCUUUGUGUCGGAUCCGAGCGGGACAGUGGCCGGCUACUACGGCAUAGCGUUGGGGAAGGGCAAAACUGUUGCCAAGACGGAGCUGGAGAAGCUGAACUUCAAGACACUGACCUGCGAUGAGGCGGUAGUGAAGCUCACCAACAUUCUGUACGAGGUGCACGAUAAGACGAAGGACAAGCUGUACGAGGUGGAGGUGGCGUGGGUCUGCGACAGGUCCGAUCGCGUGUUUCAGCACGUCCCGAGUGCGAUGAUCCCGAAGCCGCCUGCGGCGCAGUAG